AUGGAGAAUGCAAGCAGUGUGAAGGAAUUCAUUCUUCUGAGCCUCUCAGAGAACCAAGGGCUGCAGAAAAUAUAUUUUGUGAUGUUUCUGUUGUUUUAUGUGAUUACUGUGGGAGGAAAUCUGCUCAUUGUUAUCACUAUCUUUAGCAGUCAGCAUCUCAAGUCUCCCAUGUAUUUCUUCCUCUGCUACCUGUCCUUCAUAGAUAUCUGCUACUCUUCCACCACAGCUCCCAAAAUGAUUGCUGAUUUCCUUGUUGAAAAGAAAACCAUCUCCUUUGUGGGCUGCAUGGCACAGCUUUUUGGGGUGCAUUUCUUUGGCUGCACAGAGAUCUUCCUCCUCGUGGUGAUGGCCUACGAUCGCUACGCUGCCAUCUGCAGACCCCUUCACUACACCACCCUCAUGACCAGGCAAGUGUGUGGCCUGCUGGUGAUCACCUCGUGGGUAGGAGGCUUUCUGCACUCCAUAGUGCAGGUUCUUCUCAUCUCCCACCUCUCCUUCUGUGGCCCUCCCAAGAUUGACCACUAUUUCUGUGAUGUCUACCACCUGCUACAACUGAUCUGUACUGACACCUACACUGUGGGAGUUGUUUUUGUCACUGUGAGUGGAAUGGUGACUCUGAGCUCUUUGUUAGCCCUGUUGGCAUCCUAUGUUGCCAUCCUUGUUUCCUUGAGAAGUCAAAUAUCUGCAGGGUGGCACAAGGCUCUCUCCACCUGUGGGUCCCAUAUCACUGUGGUGGUUCUGUUCUUUGGGCCGUGUGUCUUCAUCUACGUCCGUCCAUCCAGAAGUCUGUCAGAGGACAAGGUUGUGGCAGUGCUCUACACUCUCAUCACCCCCAUGCUGAACCCACUCAUCUACACACUAAGAAAUGCAGAGGUGAAGAAUGCCAUGAGAAAGCUGUGGAGAAAAAUUACAAUUCUGAUAUUGGGUGUAAAAAUACCUGAUAAGCAGUGA